GGUCUAUAAAUCAAAUACGAAGUUUGAUCAAUUAUACAAUUUUGUUGUGCAAGUUUUUGCGGAAGAGCAAACCGACUCUAAAGUCAGUCCGGAACUUUGCCGCUUCUCGGUCGCGUCUGUGACAAUUAUUUCUGUUUUCAUAAAUAAAUAAAAGAGCGUAAAGACGAAACGCUAACCACCGCUGAUGUUAGGUCGCGUUUCAAAAAUAACUAACGAGUAAGAAAAUAGGAGAGACUGCGAAAACGCCAGUCGCGGCGCGGCCGUGACUGUCGGCGACAUUGGCGACUGCGAGGUUGACACGUGUAUGCACGCGACGCUUAUGCACUCGACAUAUACGUUUGCAUGUGUGAGAGAGCACUUCGACGCUGGGAAAAUAUGGUUUCUGGCAGUGAUGCCCUCAUCGGAGGAGGAAAGCCAGUGGCUUGUUGGCAGCGGGGGCGGCCUCGCACCUUCCGGCAACAGCACGACGAAAACGGGUGCGAGCGAGCGCGUCUUGGGUACUAGGACCGGUCUCUAUACCGAGGAGAUGACGACGCAGCCGGCGAAUGUUGCCACGGCCGGCGUGAAUUCGGCCUCGGCCGAUUCCGCGGAACACGAUCUCAUAGAUUCUACCGCGGACGCAACCCUCUUGGCGCAGUUUCACGAAGACGCCAUUAAACAGGCUGGUGUGGGUUACUUCCAAAUAUUCGCUGCUUUCUGCACAGGAUUGAGUCUUGCAGCUGAUACCGUUGAAUUUUUUGUUGUUCCUUACAUACUGCCAAGUGCAGAGGUUGAGCUAUGCAUCGAGGACAGCGAAAAAGGCUGGCUCGGCAACAUCACCCUUGUCGGUCUUGCGCUGGGAGGAUUAUUCUGGGGUGGUAUUGGGGACAGGCUAGGGAGACAAAGAUCUCUCUUAUCAGCUAUGGCCAUACAUGCCCUAUUCACCAGCGUUGCGACAUUUAUGCCUACUUAUGGCACUUUUAUGACGGCUAGAUUUUGCUCAGCUCUUGGAGUAGGAGGAGCUAUACCACUGGCAUUCGCGUAUCUUGCGGAAUGCUGUCCACGAUUAAGCAGAGGCCGUUGGACAGGAAUACUCGUGGCAGUGUGUGCACUCGGUGGUGUAUACGUUGCUCUCUUGGCUUGGGCGGUGGUACCUACCACAGGAGAAAUGGUUGUCCUAGAAAACAGACACUUCAGCGCUUGGCAUCGUUUCCUGUUACUGUGUUGUCUGCCGGCGAUCUGCUCCACUUUCAGUCUUAUCUUUCUACCGGAAAGUCCGAGAUAUCUUGUAGAGGCUGGUCGAGACGUGGAAGCAAUGAUGGUUUAUCAGAGGAUAUAUAAGAAAAAUAAUGCACGGAGAGGUGCAACAGGUGCUCAAUAUCAGCUCUCUGAACUGGAACUUCCGACUAAAAGACCUCGCGGCUUGGCACCGCCAUCUCCGAGUAAUCACACUAGCGUUUUGGCGGACAUAAUAUAUUCAAUCGAAAUGUUCUGGAAUUCGUUUCUGGAGUUAUUUGCAGCACCACAUUUACGCGUGACUCUGAUCCUGUUAAUUAUCUGGUCCGCCUCUUCGUUCAGUCUUUUCGGUCUCAUGAUAUGGUGUCCCGAAUAUCUGAAACUUCUGCGAGCGAUAGAAUACGAGGCUCACACCGAGCACUAUCAUGGCGAAGAACAGAGUAAUUUAACAUUUACUGGCUCUUGGGAAAAUCGUCAAUACAGGAACUUCACAUUCAAGAACUGCAAAUUUACUAAAAUGGUUUUUAGCCAUGUUGACUUUGACAAUUGCACCUUCCACUCGGUAGAGUUUAGUAGCAUUAAAUCUAGCAAAACUCACUUUAGAGACAGUGAAAUUGUAUAUUCGAAAUUUGUUGACACAGAUUUAUCUGCGCAAGUUUUCACCAGAUGUAAAUUGCAAAAUAACACAGAACUAAGCUUGAGCGGGCCGUGUCCGGCUCUCGAUCUGGAUUAUAAUAUUUAUAUCGAAGAAACGUUGCAUGCUCAUCUCGUUGCUCAAUUGGCUUUUGUGCCCGCUGCCGUGCUAGCGGGCUUUGCACUUACCGUUCUUCAACGGCCAAAACUAAUUGGUCUCUCACUCUUUUUCUCUUCCGUUACUGCGCUGUGUCUGAUAUUAUUACACCGAAACAGUUCGGCAGUUCUUGGUUUUCAAGGUGGCUUCACAGCCCUCUUCGCCGUUGGGUGGACAUCGUUAACUUUGGUGACAGUCGAGAGCUUCCCCACGCACUUACGGUGCACCGGUUUCGGACUUAUAGCAGCGGCUACAAAAAUAUCUGGUCUGAUAGGAACUACAACAUAUCAGACAUUAGUAGGCGCUCCUUUAAUCGCGCCCGCGCUAUUAACCGCGUUGGUACUAUUAAUUGCCAGCGUUGUAACUUUUAAAUUGCCUCAUACUCAUACUGUCUUCUUGUAAGCUUUCCAUCGGUAGAAAAGAGUCAGCAGCGCGUAUCUAAACUAAAGAAAUUUGUUAUCGAAGAUAAAUUAUAUGAUGCUUCGCCAUCUGACGAGAUUGAAUUCUCGGAGAGUAAUUCGUAAGAGGAAAACGUAUAUGUACUCUCUCAUUCUUUAUUCUUAGGAUUUAUUCGAAAAGGAAAAAAAAAAAACGAUGUU